AUGCAAUCACCGGAGAAACCAGGAAGGAGAAGAAGACCUCCAUUGUUUACACUGUCUACUGAUAGUAGCAUAAACACUUCAAACAGGUCAAACAGAGCGGAAAAUGAGAGUAGUAAUCAUGUUAAGUUUCCAUUAUCCCCACCAAGAGCACAUCACCACGAAACUGAGCUAGGAAAUGCUAGACUAUCUGAAGAACAGGAAAGGAGGCGGGCCUCGACUACCAAUAUUGCUAAUAUGCGUAGGAAGCAUAUCAAAGAGAUUAAUGUCUACAACACACCAAAUCCCAAUGACCUUGAUGCAUUAUGCGUUGCAAAAUCAAGCACAGAGUUAAACCAGAUGAAUACUGAUAGCAAGGAUCCGAAUAUGAUAAUCGAUGUACUGCCUUCUUUUGAAUUCUACAAUGUGCUACAUAAACACAUCCCUCAAGGCAAUGUAGACCCCGACAUUCAUGAUUUCCCACCUACUUAUCAGGAAGUUCAAACACAAAGAUUGCCUGCAUUGCAAGGUAGUUCUUCGUCACAAUCUGGUUCAGAACUAAAUGUAGAAAGCCCUUUAAGAAUGAAUGGAAGUCAGACUAGUAUACAUGGCAACUUCCGCAAUAGUUCCAGCAAUACUCUUCUACCUACAACAUCUGGUAUAUUUGGUGGAAGCUCUUUACAACCUUAUUCUACUAGACAUUAUUCACUUAAUCCCAAUCAGAACAACCCAUUGCACCCGACAGUAAGCGGGAGCACAGCUGUUAAUGACAACACCAACAUAGAAGACGAUGUUAAUGACGCCGAUAAUAUAGCAAUAGACAAGUUAUACUCCUUACCAAAAUUUUCGACUCCCUUGGAAAUCGACAUACGGAUAACUAAGCAUGUGCCAAAACCGCAUGAAAAACCAGAGGAAGAAUCUGUCCUGAAGGAAUUUACUUCUGGUGACAUUAUUCAUGGCUACUGUGUUAUCGAAAACAGAUCAACACAACCAUUAAAAUUUGAAAUGUUUUAUGUAACAUUGGAAGCCUACAUUUCUAUAGUAGAUAAACAGAAGGGUAAGAGAACAAUCAAAAGAUUUUUGAGAAUGGUUGACAUGAGUGCAAGCUGGUCUUAUUCCAGUAUGCAAGUAAGUUCUGGGAUCGAAUAUGUACCGGGAGAUGUUGACUUUGAUGAUUCUAUUUUAGGGUUAAGCAAUAGCAGAACUUUUUUACCUAAGACAAAAUACAAGAAAUAUUUCAUGUUUAAAAUUCCAGAUCAACUGUUAGAUGUCACAUGUAGACAAGAAAUAUUUCCUCAUUGUUCUCUGCCACCUAGUUUGGGUAUCGACAAAUGGAAGGAUAACGGGAAAUAUUCAAUCAUUAAAGUUAAUAAUGUUUUGGGGUGUGGCCAUUUGGGUACAAAGGGUUCACCAAUUCUUACUAAUGACAUAACCGAUGAAAACUUGUCAAUAAAUUAUACUAUUGAUGCUAAAAUAGUCGGUAAAGAGAAGAAAACAUCAAAGCUAAACAUCAUGAGAGAAAGAGAGUAUAAUUUGAGAGUUGUACCAUUCGGAUUCAACACACCAUCACCAGUGCAAUCGAAUUUAAGAAGUAAGUCACAAUUAAAAGAAUUAAAGAGACUUCUCAAUGAAAGAAUUGCUGCAUUAGAAAGAGUAUUUGAAAGACUAAAAAAGAACGAACCAAUACAAAAUGCUGAUAUUUAUGGUACUGAUAUUAGCGGAACAAUAGACUCAGAGACAGACCUAGAUGUACGAGAACACUUAGAAAGAAAACUCAACCAACUUCAUGUAAGAAACCGUAUCGAAGAAAGUGACAGUUGGUCUGGGCUGAAAAGGAUGAGUCAGCCCGAUAACCUAGUAGAAUCAGAACUCAGAUAUCAAAUCAAGUCCAGGAAGUUGAAUUCUGGUACCAACAUAGCCAACAGUUUAUUUUCUGGUUUUAAAAGUUCAUCGUCGAUGAGUUCCUUGAAAUCGAGUUCAUCUUCAAGUAACUCUGAAACUGGCAAAAUCUUAGAUGGCUCCUCUUCUCAUUUGAAAAAACACUUGAAACACUCGGAUAAAACUGGACUAAUCACACUGAGUACAACUAUCCCCACAAAGGCAGUUAAGUAUUGGUCUCCUUCAUUAUUUAGAAAAACGAAUACAUUUGAAUCGAAGAAUAAGCAUGAUCAAGAGAACUGGGUCAGACUAAUCGACUUGUUAUCUGAGGAGGAAAAAACUCCUUUAGAGAAUGUCAAUGUUAAACUAAAAUGCUUUGUGUCGAAUAAUGGGCCAAUUCAUCAACCACCUGGUAUUCAAAUCAUUACAACUUCUUUGAUCUGCAUAACAGCUAGCUCUGAUAAUUCCAUUCCUAUUCAGUUAAGUUCAAAGCUAUUAUACAACGAAGAGAAUGUCACCACCUUAAAGAAAACUUUCACAGAUUACAACAAGAAGAUAACCGAAUACAAAGCAUUAUUCGAAGAAAACGAGGAAAAACUUAACAUCCUUUAUCAUGGAAACUCAAUGUUAUCACAAACCAAUAGAGGAUUGAAAUUUACUGAUUUCAUCCCUACGAAUCUUCAUAACGAUGUAGAGAGUUUGAUGGAAUUACAUGUUGAUGUAACUGAACUUCACCAAGUUUUCAGAAAGCAAUCCUUUUUUACAAAGUCCACCAGUUCAAAUGACUCUUACUUCAACUUUUCGUUGUCCAGCAGUGAGACUAUAGGAAACAAUGCUAGUUCUCCUUCUGAAAUAAUUGAUGCAAAUAAUUCACCUAAGCCAACCAAAAGCGAAACUUCAGCAAGUGGUUGGAGAAGCACCGGUAAAUUUACCUUUGAAAGAGAUGUUAAUGUUCACCUCUCUUUAGAUCCACAUAUGAAAGAAACUCUUCCUCCGAAUUUUGAGAGUUGUCUAUGCACCAGGUUUUAUGUUGUGAGGGUGUGCAUAAAAUUUGACCACCAUAUCGGAACAGCUACAUUAGAUAUUCCUGUUUCAGUUAAAAGGAUAACCACUUGA